UAGAUCAGACAUUGAUUAUGUGGAACGAUGAGUCUGAUAUUAAUGAAUGCACGUUCUCUAUUGUUGUUCAAUGUCAAAAAAUGCCCGUGUCAAUUGCACUGUCGAGCUCAACGUGUUUAGCUCAGCUGUUGGAUGACGAUACAUUAACUCCUAGCAUAUGUCAAGUGAUUCGGACACAAGAUAUGCAGCAAGGUGUUAUGCAAAUUGUCAAUGACAUAUGGCUAUUGUACAACAUUUGUGAAAUAAAUUAUUGUCAGGCUCAUUCUACUUCCAACGAAUUAGGUGAAACAAUACCGAUCAGCGAGCCAGCAAUUUUACGUACCCCCUGUGAGAAAACAGUGGUAUGUAUGGACGUUCAAUUACCAGCAGCAACGUGUAUUCAACGUCGAAUUAUCUUUAAACCAAGUCUUUUUACCAACUUCCUGAAUCAGCCAACGUUCAGUAUACCAAUUAAAAACAUGACGAAAAGAUUGCUAUCAGCAUAUAAAUUACAAGCGGCACAAUCGGCGAAAGAGAUCAUGACAGAAUUUAUACCAAAUCAGUCAAAAACAAAACGAUUCAUUCAUGAACUUGGCACAUUUAUCAAAGCGCUGGUCCAGUGGCGCUUAGAGCCAACGGAAGUGGAAUUGGAACCAGCCUUAUCUAUAUAUUAUCAACUUACGUUAAUAUCUAUAUUAUCAACAUUAUUUCACAUACAUACGUUUAAUAUUAAUGCACGUAAACAGCCAAAAUUUGAAUUAGAUUUAUGGAAUACGCGUGAAAAUACAAUUCAAGGACGUCAUCGAACUAAUAAUAUCGUUGAAGGAUGGCACAAUCGGUUAUCAGCAUUAUUUAAUUGUAAACAUUCAAACUUCUGGAAAUUUCUCAAAAAUUUGAAAAAGGAACAAAAUUAUGUCGAUGCUGAAUUAAUUCAAGCUGAAGCUGGAGCACGGCAACCAAUGAAAAAAACAAAGCUACGACAAGAACAACGUAGAUUAAAUAUUUUAAAUGAUACAUCAACAACAACUUUAGAAAAAGUAUCAGCAAUAGCUCAAAAUAUUACAAUAAAAUCGUAA